CGGGUCACGUGACCAGGAGGCGCCGCUUUGCGUCUCGGCAACAAAAUGGAGUUGUCAGAUUCGGUAGUAAAAGGGCUUCAAGUCCUCUCCGAUCCCGCUUACUUGGACUUAAAAUCGUUCACCGUCUUCACCGAAGCGGCUUUCGACAGUCUGCUGUCCUUUCCGACAGGCAGCGUUUUCGAUUACCCAGAACUGAAGAACCUAGAUCAGGCUCUCCUGAAACACUGUCAUAUUGCAGCAACAACGUUCAUCCUGGAAGGAGUAAAACAAAACGCAGACAAGUCGACCCUAUGCUCAUGCCUUGAAGACCUCAAAUUCGACAGCGAGAGAGUGGACGCGUUUUACAUCCGCUAUCAGAAAAGCAAACCUAGCCUGGAAAAAGUGUUGUCGAGCAUCGAUAGGUGCCCUCCUCACAUAACAGAUGUUUCUUGGCGCAUAGAUUACUGCAUAAAGAACAGCCAUGUGCAUAAGGUCAAUCAGCCAUCAUAUCUGCUUUCUUUAAAAACUGAGAAUGGUGAAAAUAACGUAGGAUCUUCGGAACUAAAUUUUAGCUGCACCUUGGAGCAACUUCAGGAUUUACUGGGUAAGAUGAAGGAUGCCGCGAAGAGUCUGGAGAGAGCAACCCAGCUGUGACUCUCCCAGUCAGUCCAUCAGAUCUGUAUAGGAACAUCUUUUACCUGAUCAUGACCAUGUGGGAUGUUUUUUUGUACGUUACAACGUUCACAAUAAAAUAACAAAUAAAAUCUCA